AUGACAGAUCCAGCCACCAGUCUUAAUCGUCAGGGGACAAAACACCUUCUCAAUCGAAUCUACACCACAAUAGCCCCACUUUGUAUUGAGAAGAGUGUCGCGUCAAACGACACAAGUGCUCAACUUGUGACAACUCAAGCCAGUGAGAUAUUACUAGGAUGGCUAACCUACAUCCUCGAUCCCACCAACUGCGGUCGUCUCACUGUUAGUGGACUCAAAGUAGCUCUAUCAACUCUUGCUACUGGAAGGCCAAUUGACAAAUUCACCUUGCCAGACUGCAACACCAUAUUGGUGCAGGUACACAUUUCGCCACUUCUUGACGAAACACCGUCACCUGUUUCUCGGUUUGGGCGUCGAGAGGGACAGUAUCAGCGUAUGUGA